AUGCACUCUACUUUAAAGGAGCAUGGUGUAAUAAGGGAGGAGACAAGUGGUGUUGUGCUCUUUGUUGGGCAAGUUGUGAAUCCUCUGCUCCUUGCCCUGAAGCCUGCUUUCAAAGAAACCAUCGAGAAUGCUUACCGGAGCGCAGUAGGUCAUGUCGAUUUUCGGAAUCAGUCUAAUGUGGCAAGAGAAGCAGUGAAUGCUUGGGCCGAGGAGAAAACUAAUGGUGUGAUACAAAAUCUGCUCUCACCUGGCUCAGUCACUAGCAAGACUAUGCUCAUCCUUGCAAAUGCACUCUACUUUAAAGGAGCAUGGGAUUCAUCAUUCGACCCGUUUCGAACCCAAGUCCGCCACUUCUUCCUCUUGAAUGGAAGUUCGGUCCGUGUCCCCUUCAUGACCAGCUCAAAGGACCAAUUCGCGCUCGCCUUUGACGAUUUUAAGGUUCUAAAGCUACCGUACCAAACGGGCCAGGACACGCGGGCCUUCUCCAUGUACUUCUUUCUUCCCAAUGCCAGGGAUGGCUUGCGGGUGCUCGUCGAGAAAUUCGGGUCGAUCUCUGGGUUCAUAGAGCACCACACGCCACGUCAAAGAGUGGAAAUGGGGGAUUUUCGUCUCCCCAAGUUUAAAAUAAGCUUCGAUUUUGAGGCUUCCGAGUUUUUUAAAGGGCAAGGCUUGGUUCUCCCUUUUGAGGGUGGUUUGACCGAGAUGGUUGACUCUCAGCUCGGAAUCUCGCUCUUUAUUCAUAAGGCAUUCGUAGAGGUGGAUGAAAAGGGCACGAAGGCUGCAGCAGCAGUUUCUUGUCAUGUCACCUCGGUUGGAUUUUCGAUGUCCAAACCCGUGGACGUGUUUGACUUUGUAGCUGACCAUCCUUUCCUCUUUGUAAUAAGGGAGGAUAUCAGUGGUGUUGUGCUCUUUGUUGGGCAAGUUGUGAAUCCUCUGCUGUCUGUCUGA